AAAAAAAAAAAAAAAAAAAGUCAUGAAUUCUUGAUCUAUGUUCACAUUCUGCUUUCACACAUUCUGUCAAGUUGUCCCCUGCCUAAUCCUGAUACUGGUGGAUUCUCAUGGGAUUAUUUCAAUCUCCAGCCCUGGCUCCCAUUUCCAAUGCUGUAAUUAUUUCUCAGUUUUCUCGGAGCAACCUCAGGCUGUCCUUUCUGAGACCCAGUUCCCUCAUCUACAAAAUAGGAAGCAAAAUUCCUAUCUCUUAAAAUCAUUGUGAAGAUUAAAUAAAAGUCAUUUGCAUUGUGCCAGCCACAAUUAGUUGUCUUCAGUAGUUGGUGGUUAUUUCAACUAAAUGGCUCUCACUGCUCCUCCUUCCCUGGCCCUGGGGGCCUCUGCCUCCCAGAGCCAGGAAUCAACUCCUCUGGGUUCUUGGAGCAGAUUAGCUUUGAAUAUCACUUAAUCUUGAAGGUUCUUUUGCAAUCUGAUCCCUCACAGGGACAGGCCUGGUAUAAAUCUGCAAUGUGAGUCCUGACAGGGGCAGAGCUGGUAAAACUUGUGUAAGUGGCCAGGCUCACAGAUGCUGCAGGAUGGAGUUGGGCACCAGAGACAAGGUGCUGCUGCUACUACUGUGGGUGCUGUGCUUCAUCGAAUAUGAACAGGCAGAUGGGCUGAGCCAAACUAAAGAGAUUAUUGAUGUGAACAAUGGAGGUAACCUGGGUGAAUGGACCACGCCCGAGAUAUGUCCUGUGGGAUAUGUGGCCAGAGGGUUCUCUCUCAAGGUGGAGUCCAAUCAAGGCAUUGGAGAUGAUACAGCUCUAAAUGGUAUCCGGCUGCACUGCUCACGUGGGAAUGUACAGCCCCUUGCUGUGGAGUCUGAAUCUGGAAAGUGGGGUAUGUGGACUACGCCUCUUUGGUGUUCAGAUAGAAGCUUCCUAGUGGCUUUCUCCCUUCGUGUGGAGCACUCUUCGUUUUUGGACAGCACAGCAGCAAACAAUAUUCGCUUCCGUUGCUCAGACGGCCUGGAGCUGGAGGGGUCUGGGCUGAAGUGGGGAGAAUAUGGAGAAUGGAGCAAAUCAUGUUCCAAAGGUAUCUGCGGCUUGCAGACAAAGCUCGAGAAGCCCAGAGACAGCUUCAGAGAUGACACUGCACUUAAUGAUGUUAUACUAUUCUGCUGCAGCUGAUGUUGUUGCUGCUGCUGCCCUCUCUCCCACUGGACCAUGCUAGUCCUGCCUCCUGCUAUUAAAGCUUCUGU